AUGAAGAAGAUUAUCAAAGAGAGGGCGGUUCAGGUCAAUCUGCAGCAUCAUUGGGAGCAAAUGAAUUCUGCUGGGAAGUUCUCAAUGAGGAAAACAUAUCAAAUGCUUAUGGAGGAUAACCAGACUGUGAGCUGGCAUGGGUUGAUGAAAAAGAACUUGGCUCGUCCUAGGGAACGCAUCACCUUGUGGCUGCUCUGUCAUGGGCACCUAUCUACGAAGGAUAGACUCUGCAGAUUUGGUAUAAUAGAUAGUUCUAUGUGCAGUAUGUGUGGACAAGAGGAAGAAACUGCAGAUCAUGUUUUCUUCUCUUGUAUUAAAACUGCUGGGAUUUGGCAAGGGGUUCUUAAUUGGAUAGGAAGCAGUCACAGCCCCCAGCCUUGGAGCAUCGAUCUUCAAAGAUUUUUGGAUAGAACAAAGGGUAAAGGAUGGAGAACUAGAUUGUUUCAAUUAGCUUUGACCGAGACUGUUCAUGAAGUUUGGCUUUAUAGGAAUUCUAUUGUUUUUUGUAAAGAGGAUACUAGUAAAAAUAUCAUAGAUAGUAUAAUAGAUAGAAUAGUUUACAGAGGGUGGAAAAAUAGGAAGAUUGGAUUGCAAUUAGCCAAUCUAAUGCUUUAG